CCUUGCCCACGGAUCUCACUUCAGACUCCAACACCCAUCAGAGAAUGGAAUGGUGGCCAGUCUAGGAGACCACGGGAGGCAUACUUUGCCCCCAGUGAUGUCCACCCCUACCCGCCUGGCUCCUUCACCUCCCUGCUCCUGGCUGCUGGCACUGCUCCUUGUCCUCUGGGGAGCUUCUGAGCAGAGCAAGGGGGGUAAGUGGCAGGUGCUGCAGCCUGAGGGCCCCAUGCUGGUGGCAGAAGGUGAGACACUCCUGCUGAGGUGUACAGUAGUCGGCUCCUGCACUGAUGACAUGAUAAAAUGGGUCAAGGUGAGCAACCAGGACCAGCAGGAAAUUUAUAACUUCAAACAUGGCUUCUUUCCCGGGGUGAUGCCCAUGAUCCAGAAGACACUGGAACCACUUAAUUGCGACUAUUCCAUCUAUAUCCACAAUGUCACCACGAAACAUGCUGGAACCUACCGCUGUGUGAGGCUUGAUGGCUUGAGUGAGCACUCAGAAAAUAAGCUGGAUGAGGGCACCUCCGUGCUUGUGAAGAGAGCUGGGGACCCAGAGCCAGACCUCUGGAUCAUCCAACCCCAGGAGUUGGUGUUGGCAACCACUGGAGACACUGUCUUCCUGAACUGCACGGUGCUUGGAGAUGGUCCCCCUGGACCCAUCAGGUGGUUUCGGGGAGCUGGUCUGAACCGGGAGGCCAUUUACAACUUUAGAGGCAUCUCCUACCCCAAUGUGACAGCGGUCCAGGCCUCCAACAAUGAUUUCAGCAUUCUUCUGCAUGGCAUCUCCACUGAGUAUGCAGGCACUUACUACUGUGUAAAGUUUCAGAGGAAACCCAACAGGCAAUACCUAUCUGGACAGGGCACCAGGCUGAGAGUCAAAGCAAAUCACACUUCUCUCCAAGAGUCAGAAUUCACCAAUGAACGUGCAGCCAAGGUAUUUCCAUCAGGCCUCCUGUCUGUGCUCACUCUUGCGGUCCUGGGGCUGAAAGCAGUGACCUUGGCUGCACUCCUGCUGGCCCUGGCUGCCCACCGGAGGAACCCUUGACAAGAAGAUGUCGAAAAUUCAGGCCCAGCAGAGCUGUGCUCAUCUUGGCAUGGGGCAUGGGGUAUGCAUGACUGGUCAGCCCUAGAGUGGGUCCUCUAAGAGAGGGCCAGGGACUCCCCAAUCAUUCCUCUGCCUCCAAUUCCAGCCUCCAGUUGCCCUCAGGCCUCAUGACGAACUCCAGAUUCCCUACACCUGAUUUCCUUUCACCUGGCGAAAUUCCCCAUUUGGCACUGGGCUCCCCUCUGAUUUGCCUUCCUCUCUCUUCUCAGCCUGUUCAAGCCCUCCUUGUCCUUCAAGGCCUUGCCCGGGUCUCUCCUCGAGGCCCUUGCUCCUGCUGCAGCCCCUUCUGGAGGGCUUGCCCCCUUGCUCCCCACUCCACAUUUUCUCUUCCUUCAAGAUGCAACUCAGAGUCCUUCCCAGAAGGUUUCCCUGAGUGUCUCUGAGCCCAACCAGACCACCUGUGCCCCUCCAUCUACGUCCUUCCUUCCUCCUUUCCUGCCUUCUUUCCUUCUCCACUGUGGCUGGCUUGGGUGGCUGUAACAGUUAGAAUGCAGGUUUGGCAACUUUAACAAAACUCUUAAAUAACAGUGGCUCAAAUCAGAAGAAAGUUGGUUUCUCUAGUAAUAUUCCAGUAUAAACCGGCCAGGCAAUUCGGGACUCCCUGGUACUGAGACCCAGGAUUCCUUGAUCUUGUUGUUAUCAGGUCCAUAUCCCAGGCAGAAAGACCAGGGAAAGAAGUAGUGAAGGGGAGAAUGACAAUUCCCUUCAAGGUCACAGCUGGGAAUUUGUCCACUUCACCUCUAAUUGUCUGGAAUGUGGUCACAUGGUCACACCUAGCUGCAAGGAAGGCUAGGAAAUGUAGUCUUUAUUCUAGCAAGGUGUGCCCAGCUAAAAUCUGUCACUAGAGAAUCAGAGAGUAAACAUCAGUAGAUAACCAGUGAUCUCCACCUCUGUGGCAUAGAGACGGUUUCUUACUUGUUCCGUGGGACAACUGAAUUCAAUUCCCAGAUGAAAUGGCAUCUCUUUAUACCUCCACCUCCACUAGGGCAGCAUAAUGGAGGGCAGUAGUUCUCAAGAAGAGAAUACUUUGCCCCCCAGGGGGUAUGUGGCAACGUCUACAGACAUUUUUGAUUGUCACAACUUGGGGGGUACUAUUGUCAUCUAGUGGGUAGAGGUCAGGGAUGCUGCUAAUUAUCCUAUAAUGCACAGGGCAGACCCCACAACUGAGAGUUAUCUGGCCCAGAGUAUCAGUAGUACCGAAGUUGAGAAGCCCUGGUGUAGGGGAAAGUAUGCAUUCCUUGGAGUCAGACACGCCCGAUUUCUAAUCCUGAAGCCCCCACUCCCUCCCUGUCCACCAUUAGUAACAAAUUGCACCUCUUGGAACAUCGAGGACAAUCACGUGGGCUCUCUGCACUGUAUAAGAAGCAAUUCAAUUCAACGUCGACUGAGGGCUUACUAUGUGCUAUGUGCUCUGUGUACACUCAGUGCGCGCAAACUCCCUUUCCUCUUUCCACACAAACAUUUAUUAGCACCUAUUAGGUGGGGAAGUGGAUUAGUCUGGAUGUUUUUCAUCAUAACAAACAGAAAAGCAGCUGGAAUAACACUAAGUCUAAGGGGCCAUUAAUUUAGUCUGAGUGUUUUGUGCCAGUUUCAGCAUAUCGAUAACCAGUGUUGUGGUUGGACUGGCCCUUGUGGUUGGUAUUAUGAGUGCAAGAUGCCCUUCAGUGAUACCCAUCAGGGAACUUUGAAGAAACAGAGGCUUAUUACUUUACAAGACCUGGAAAUUACACAGCAUUCCUGGGGCCACACAGCGAGGUCACAGGGAAAGAGAAGGAGAGAGAAAGAGAGAGAGAGACAGCACCUGGGGUUCUGUUUUAUUGGGGGUGAUGAUUUUGUGGGCUCACUCUUUAUUGGUAAAGUUAAAACUUAAGAGUGGGAAUUUAAAGCCCAGGAAGAGGAAAAAGAAAAACAAAACUGGUAGCUCAAAUGAUCAGUUACUGAAAACAAACAAGAUCUCUAAAACAAAGGAACCUCAGUAGGGGAAGAUGGCCUGACUCUUUAUCUACCCCUGUGGCUGGCAAUGUUUUUAUUCAAGAUAAAUACAUUGAAGGGGAUGCCUCUUUGAAAUGGAUGCCUCAGCAAUCAAAACUUAAAUCAGAUAAUUGCAUUACAAAAAAAGGAAAAAGAAACAAGUGUCAAGGUUUACACUGCACUGAGAAUUGAAUAAAUCAUUGAAUUACCAGAUAUCAGAAGAAAGGGUAGAUAUAAUAAAUUGAAUAAUGUCUCCCACAAAAGAUAUCCAAGUCUUAAUCCUUGGAACCUGUUAAUGUUACCUCAUAUGGCAAAAAGGACUUUGCAGAUGUGACUAAAGAUCUAUAAAUGGAGCAGUGGUCCUGAAUUAUUCAGGUGGGCCCUAAAUGCAAUCACAAGUGUCCUGAUGAGAGAGAGACAGAGGGAGAUUCCACCCAGAAGAGGAUGAGAAAGCAAUGUGACCACAAAGGCAGAGAUGGGAGUGAUGCGGCCACAAGCUAAACAAUGCUGGCAGCCACAAGAAGCUGGAAGAAGCAAGGAGCAGAUUCUCCCCAGUGUCUCUGGAGGGAGCAUGGCCCCCUAACACCUUGAUUUCAGCCCAGUGAUACUGAUUUCAUACUCUGGCCUCCAGAAAUAAGAGAGAAUAAAUUUCUGUUGUUUUAUGCCA